AUGGCUUCCGCUACAAAGUUUAUGCGAGAGUACAAACUCGUUGUUGUCGGUGGCGGUGGUGUCGGUAAAUCUUGCCUGACCAUCCAAUUGAUUCAGAGCCACUUUGUGGACGAGUACGAUCCUACAAUCGAAGAUUCCUAUCGCAAGCAGUGUGUCAUUGACGAUGAGGUCGCCCUUCUCGAUGUUCUGGAUACCGCUGGCCAAGAAGAGUAUAGUGCCAUGCGAGAGCAGUAUAUGCGAACGGGCGAGGGUUUCCUGCUUGUCUACUCCAUCACCUCCCGCCAGAGCUUCGAGGAAAUCACCACAUUCCAGCAACAAAUUCUGAGAGUCAAGGACAAGGACUACUUCCCAAUGGUCGUCGUUGGCAACAAGUGCGAUCUUGAGGGCGAGCGUGAAGUCUUUAGACAUGAGGGUGAGGCCCUGGCUAGAUCGUUUAACUGCAAGUUCAUCGAGACAUCCGCCAAAUCGAGAAUCAACGUCGACCAGGCCUUUUACGACAUUGUCCGUGAGAUUCGCCGCUUCAACCGCGAAAUGCAAGGCUACUCCACCGGCAGCGGAGGCGGCUCUGGCCUGAACGGUCCCCCUAAGCAGAUGGAUAUCGACGACGGCGGACGGGAGGCUGGAUGCUGCGCCAAGUGCAUCAUCAUGUGA